GAGGACGCGCCCUUUGAAAGGAGGGAGUAGUGUAAAGACCCUGCCGCACGAGUAUGCUUUUGCGGCACAGUCGAUAGCGCGCCGGACCUCGGGCUAGAAGGUGUAGGGUUCGAGACCUGCUCCCUGCCUGUUUCAUUACAAUUAUGUUCCAGACUGGACCAAUUUAACCGUGAGUGUAUCUCUGUCCAUGUGGGUCAGGCUGGAGUCCAGAUUGGCAAUGCCUGCUGGGAGCUCUACUGCCUGGAGCAUGGGAUCCAGCCAGACGGACAGAUGCCCAGCGACAAAACCAUCGGUGGAGGAGAUGACUCCUUCAAUACCUUUUUCAGUGAGACUGGGGCUGGAAAGCAUGUCCCCAGGGCUGUGUUUGUGGACCUGGAACCCACAGUCAUCGAUGAGGUGCGCACUGGGACCUAUCGCCAGUUAUUCCAUCCUGAACAGCUCAUCACUGGCAAAGAAGACGCUGCCAACAACUAUGCUCGUGGACACUACACUAUUGGCAAAGAGAUCAUCGACCUGGUGCUGGACAGGAUCCGCAAACUGGCUGACCAGUGCACAGGCCUUCAAGGCUUCCUGGUUUUCCACAGCUUUGGAGGUGGCUCCGGCUCUGGUUUCACCUCCCUGCUGAUGGAGCGCCUGUCUGUUGACUACGGCAAGAAGUCCAAGCUUGAGUUCUCCAUCUACCCAGCUCCCCAGGUGUCCACAGCUGUGGUGGAGCCCUACAACUCCAUCCUGACCACCCAUACCACCCUAGAGCACUCUGACUGUGCCUUCAUGGUGGAUAAUGAGGCUAUCUAUGACAUCUGCCGUAGGAACCUCGACAUUGAGCGUCCUACUUACACCAACCUCAACAGGCUCAUUAGCCAGAUCGUUUCCUCCAUCACUGCUUCCCUUCGAUUUGAUGGUGCCCUCAAUGUUGAUCUGACAGAGUUCCAGACCAACUUGGUGCCCUACCCCCGUAUCCAUUUCCCUCUGGCCACCUAUGCCCCAGUUAUUUCUGCAGAGAAGGCUUACCAUGAGCAGCUCUCUGUCUCUGAAAUCACCAAUGCCUGCUUUGAACCGGCCAAUCAGAUGGUGAAAUGUGACCCUCGCCACGGCAAGUACAUGGCUUGCUGCCUUCUAUUCCGUGGUGACGUAGUGCCCAAAGAUGUCAAUGCUGCCAUUGCCACCAUCAAGACCAAGCGUUCCAUUCAGUUUGUCGACUGGUGCCCAACUGGUUUCAAGGUUGGCAUCAACUACCAGCCUCCCACUGUAGUCCCUGGUGGAGACCUGGCCAAAGUCCAGAGGGCUGUGUGCAUGCUGAGCAACACCACUGCUGUGGCAGAGGCCUGGGCUCGGCUUGACCACAAGUUUGACCUGAUGUACGCCAAACGUGCUUUUGUGCACUGGUAUGUGGGUGAGGGUAUGGAGGAGGGAGAGUUCUCUGAGGCCAGAGAGGACAUGGCAGCCCUGGAGAAGGAUUAUGAAGAGGUAGGGGUUGACUCCAUUGAGGGUGAGGGAGAGGAGGAGGGAGAAGAGUAUUGAAAUGCCCCUGCAGGCAAGCCAUUGUCAAACACUUACUGUUGCAUGAUCUUAUUAUGAUACCUAAUAAAAGUUUGAAUUAAAUGA